CGUUCACCAGCAGUGGAUUUGCUUGGAAAUUUUGGACGAGGAAUGUUCCUUAAUACUAAUUACGAGACCUGGAAGAUUAAUAAAUACUUUCUUUUACAAUCAAUUUCAACUCUUGGUUUUAAUGAAGAUGCUAUAAAACAUAAUAUUGAAUUAUUUGAAGAAUUGGAUGGUUACUGGAAUUUGCUUAAAAAAUCUCAAUCAUGUAAUAAUGAUUGGCUUGAAAUGGAUUUUUUGCAUUGGAUAAAUAGGUUUAUGGCUGAUAAUAUUUCAAUCAUAACAACCGGUGAGAAAGGUUGCUCUAUGGGAUUGUAUUAUAAUACACUCAACUCUGAUAAAUCUAAUCUUGAAAGUCUUUUUGAUGAUCCUAAAUCAUAUAAUUCUGAUAAAUUUACCCAAGCAACCAUGGCUUAUCUUAGAGGAUUAAUGUUUCUUAAUAUUAUUCCUCCAAUCUUGAGACGUUAUGUACCAUUUUUUAAGAAAAAAGAAAAGGCUCUUGUAGAAAAUGCUGAUUAUAUAAUAAAAACGCUGAACAAUAUGAUUGAAAAGAGAAAUUUUGAUUUUGCGAAUACUCCUCUGAAAUUAAAAUCAAAACAUGAUUUGUUAACUAUUCUCAUCACUGCAAAUCAUGAUGCAAAAACUAAGACGACUGAGUCUUUAACUAAUGAUGAUAUUAGAGCACUUUUAUUUGAUGUUUUUAUUGCUGGGUCUGACACGUCUUCAAAUACAUUAUGUUAUAUAGUUUAUUAUCUUUGUCAUAAUCCACAUGUAAAGCAGAAAAUGUUUGAUGAAAUUGAUUCAGUUUUCCCAAAUAAUUCUUCUGGCACAUUAUAUAUAACUUCUGAUCAUCUUGCAAAACUCAAGUAUUGCGAAGCAAUAAUUAAAGAAGCAUCUCGUAUGACGCCGGUGGUACCAGUAUCAAAAAGAGUUUCAAGUGCAGAAUGCGAGGCUAUGGGGUACAAAUGGUCUGCUAAAACUAUAUUUCACUUAAAUUAUGCCAGUGUUCAUACAAAUGAAAAGUAUUGGGUCAAUCCUACUGUUUUUGAUCCAAAUAGAUUUUAUUUACAAAAUGAUUUAGAUGAAUUUAAUGAUGAUUUGAGCAAUUCUGGUAAAGAAAAUAAAAAGUCUAUUCAUAAUAGAGAUAAAUUUUCUUUAGUUAUUUUUGGUGGUGGAAUAAGACUUUGUCCUGGAAGAAAGUUGGCAAUGAUUAGCAUGUUAUCUUUUAUGGCAUUGAUGUUCAAAAAAUAUGACGUAGAAUUAAUUGAUAAAGAUGCCACAUUGAAAACUCGUACUGGAUUCCUUACUAAUUGUCUAGAGUUAAAAAUCAAAAUUAAACCUAGGAAACC